AUGGAUGAUAUCUGUCUUCCAAACAUAUCAAGAAAAUCAGCAAAAUUAAGCCAAAAUUCAAGUGUAGUAACAGAUGGUGCUUAUACAAUAAAAACAGCAUCAAAGAGAGUUUCUGUCACUCAAAAAAAUGAAGCUCCUCCUCAAGAUCCAGAAACUACUCAAAAUUUAUCUGAAUUAUGGAUAAAUUCUGAAUCCAAGCCAUCUGAGCAUAAGAGAUCUAUUCAGAAUAGCAUAAAACCAAUAGAUAAUAGACCAAAAAUUCUUAAUUACGACAUAUCUUCAAUAAUUCCGCCAGAGGAGCAUUAUUCUAGAAAUUAUGCAAUACAAGAAGCCAAAGCAAGAUUUAUUUUUGAAUCAAUAUAUUCUGAAAGCCCAGAUAUAAUUGCUUUUCAGCAUAUUCAAGAUGGCUUUGACCAAUAUUCUUUAAUUCAGGGAUACCAAUCAAUAUAUAAGAAUUGAGAUGAAGAUGGAUGUAUGAUAUCUUGAAAAGCUAAUAAAUAUGAUCUCAUACAGAGGUUUCAUCAUAGUGAUGCAGGGAUUUUUGGGAUUAUAGGACUUUUAAGGGAAAAAUUUGUUUGGACAGAAUAUAUUUUGUUUGCAUGUUUUCAAUGCUUUGAAAGUCAAGGCCUUGAUAUAGCAGAUAAAUUUUAUGAGAGCACCUUGAGAGCUGCAGGAAACUCUCUAAAUAAAUCGGAGUACAAAAAUAUCAAAAUUAUAAUAGCUGGAAAUUUUGGAAUCGUGAUGGAUAAGGCAGAUGCCAUAUAUUAA